GCAGAUGAGCGAGAGAGAUUUGUUCGCUAUACAACACAAAAUUUAACAUUCUUUGUUCUCAAUUUUUCAGUCAUUUUUCACCCGCAAUCGAGACGAUAUCCCGCAAUUUCAACAUUACUGCUGAAAAUUGUACAAUCGGAAGCUACUGAAUUUAACGGAAGGGAAAGAUUUUUUUCGGAUUUUUAUUUUAUUUGACGAAACACACUAAGCAUUGAACAAACGUCAACCAUCCAUCGCACAAAGAAAGUGUAUUUUUUUUUGGUUGAACAGAGUGACAAGACAACACGUGUGUGACAAUUUAGUUAAAUAUAUAUUUUUUGGGGUUAAGAACAACAACGACAAAUUUCCUGUGACAACAAGGAAAGACACAGAUCAAACCGUCUGUGCAAACAGUUUUUUUUUUCUCCUCUUACUCAUUUUUGACGAAGACAACAACGACGAUAAAAGUGAAAAAUAGAACGCGUGUGUUCCGUACAUACACCGCCACAAUUUUUGAUACAAAAACAAAGUGAAUUUAGAGAUGCAAAAUACUGGCCAUAUCAAUGAAUUUUCUGUUUUGAGUUUGUACAUUGUUCAGUAUCAGUUGAAUGGACCAAUUGUGAAAAAUAACGGGAAUCACACUAAAUCAUUUGCGUCUGAAUCAUUGAGUUGUUUAGCCGUGCUACGGACGCGUGUCGACUACUUUGUUAAAUUAAAGACUUGAUUACGUUGAUAUUGCUACUGGGUUUUCUACCAGCAACUUUUAUCGCGCGCUCAUUCGGAACUUAAAUACGAAAUAAUUUCGUCAGCUCACGGCAAUAUUACACACGCGCACACGAAGGGCGAGAGAGAGAGAGAGAGAGUUUUGUGUGAGUCACAAUACAGACGACGCGCUCAGCCAACUAAGGUGACGUCAUUGGAAUUAUUGGAAACACAAGCUUAAGAUUUUAUCAAGAUGUACUCAAUUGACGGGUACAGAGCCUAUACGGAUCAAUUGGUUCCUGCAAUGUUUGAAAGCUGGCCUGACCCAGAUACCAAUUUCACUGUGAAUGAUUCAUCAUUUUAUCGUAACGAAAUGGAACGCAACAAAUGCAAUGUAAACGAAAUUAUUUACAAAUCGAACGAUUACAACGAAAAAAAGACGAAGCAACCACAGCAGAAGCAGAAACAGCAACAUCAACCACACAUUGGAUAUAAUUUACCGGCGAUGUCAAGCUAUUUGUUCAUCCCAUAUUUUGGUGCAUUGCAACAGAAUCCUGCAUCAUCAGCAUCGUCCAUUGUUUGGCAUCAGCACCCGGAAUCAGCUGCACAUCGUAUUUAUCUAUCAAGUGAUGCAAUGCCAUUCAUUCCAGCCAAAUCCACACCCUGUAAGUAUUUGCCUUUUUUUUUCUCUUGUCGUUUCUUUCGAAAUCGUAUGUGUCUCUCUUUAUCAGUAGCUGUUUCCAGUUUAUGCGAUUACAUAAAGGAAAGUCGAAAGUUCACGUUUAUCAUUCAAACGUUUCGUUCCAAAGUGACAAUUCAUUCAAUCGAUUUAAUUAAGACGCAAAUAGAUUGCAACAAAUUCUUGUGCAUAUGUGUUGUUGCCUAUACUUCUAAUCGUCAUUCAUUUUCUAUUCCAUCUGGUUUGUUGCAACACAUACACACACACACAUGCCAGUGAGCAUGCACUCGAACAACUAGAAACGCUUAUGAAAAUGUCGUAAUUUCCAAUUGAAAAUCAUUUAAAAAUCCACUUCGUGCCAAUGUAUAAUGGAGAGAACUUGGCGCAUGUACAAUUAUUUUCGUUAUAUAUUUUUGUGCUUUUCGUACGUUUGCUAAACAGUUGAUUGUGGUGUGUUGUUGUUUAUUUACACGUCUUCACCUUGAUAGAUGCACAACACACGUGCAUCAAAGCUGAACUUCAAUUACGAUAUCACGCUGCACUUCUCUAUUUGCCUGUUUAUUUUUAGUAUACGUUAGUUUCAUUCGGGGCAUAUACGUAUAUUAUUCAUGUUAGAAAAUAAUAAACACCGUUUAUCGAUAGUUUUAUUGUUUAAGCGCGAUUGCGCGCGCUUCUUUCAUCACAUUUAAAUGUAUGUGACGGAAUGAAGACAGUGGGCUAGAACAUGAAAACGGUUGGCCACGCGCUGCUAGAAUUGCAACUAGCGGAACAUUUUAGAAUUAUUAUCAUUACGCAAACGUGUUUAUCAAAUGUCUAUAUCAAAGAGUUCAAUGUUUAGCCGAUUAGGCACAACACAAACCGAAUCGAACGAAAGGAAAAAAAAGAAGAAGGAAAAAAUAAUAAUACUAGUAUCAAGUUCACACAUCAACACAAUAAUCAUUUAGGUCUAUCGAAAUCGAUGGAAUCUAGAAAAUGUGUCUUUGGGUCAGUUUAAGCGAUUUAUUUUCGUGAUAUUUCAUUUUUACUAUCAUCGUUUUGAUAUCAAUGUUUGGCCAUAAAUCCAAAAGUUAACCCUCAAUGCAAACAAGCGCGCACAAUGUUUUUCAUUGGUAUCUACGACUAAAUGGUGUGGUAUUUGCGCGCGAAAAAAAUACACAACUAGUUUCGUUUGCAACUAUCACACUUUGUGUCUGCUGAAAUUGAAUGCGACGCAAAAACUACUGGAAAGACAAUAAUAAUCGCUGACGUUUAUUAUCUCCUGAAAACAGCGCUGCCAUGUGCAUAUGGUGGUACAACAAAUGCAUUUUUUGGCAGACAGACAACAAAUAUUUUGUUGUUGUCGUACUUUCGAUCUUGAAAGGAAAACUCCGAAGAAUGAGAUCGCAUGUUAUAAAUAUGUAUUUUUCUAACGAAAGGAACUUCACCGAGCGAAAUUUUGUGUGAAUCAAUGUCGGUGAGCUGGGAGCAGAGUGUAUUUAUUUGAAUGUGUCUCACACGGGCGAUCAUAUUGUGAAGCUUGAAAAAUGACGUAUUCGCAUCAAAGAAAUUGGCUCGGAAUUCAACUGCGCAGUUUGUGCUCACUCUCUCUUGCACCCGCCCGCUCCUGCCGCUGUCACCGUUGACGGCCGAAUCGUAAAAUUUGCAUGCAAAUUGCCUGUUUUUUUUUCUGUUGCAAACAGAAUUGUUCUGAUUCUCGGCCGCCGAUCUCUAUGAAAUAUAUAAAUACAAACAUUGUGAGGAAAUCAGACACAUCUUCUUCUUCUUCUUCGUCGCUCUUGUUGCAUGCGCUAUUCGCAUACCGAAGAAGAAUUUUGCGUAUAGUGCUGUGUAUAAUGGACACAAAGGAGUUGGUAUGGGCAACCGUUUUAUUGGUGUUAUCGUCCACACAAGGAGCGUGUCAUCAACCUUUUCGAGGUUUAUAGAACAUCAAAUUUAAAUUGCGCAUUAUUAUCGUAUGAAAGGUCGUAGUACCCGCUUCUCACUCUCAACUUUUUUCGGUUGGUUGAUCGGUCGCAUUGGUUUCAUUUCGAAAAAAUACAAUUUAUUUCGUCAUUCUUUCGGCUCAUUAGGUUGUCAAACGAGUUUAACGCGCUUUCUCAUUAAAAACAAUGGUUGUGCAUAACAUAUGGAAUCUGGUUACCGUUCAAUUAUCGUACAUGAAUCUACAUUUCUUAGUCUAAAUUAUCUGCUCAACUUGAAGCAAGAAAAACUUGCACACAAUUAAUCGGUUCAAACGGAAGUGAUAAGAAAGAGAAGCGAACAAAAGGUACAAAUCGAACGAUUUAUCAAUUCUUUGUGCAUAUUCCACACACUUUUAGUUGAAAUGCUUGAAAGUCAUUUUGUAAAAUGAUCGACACAGUCGAAAAUGCGCGGCCUAAUUGAGUGUUUCGAAAAGUUUUACACAUUAAUCGAUAAUUAAUUGCAUACGGCGUAAUUGCCGCAUUGAAAUGCCCGCCCAUGUUCGCACAUCUCUUUUCUGUGUGUGUAUUUUUUUGGGUAAGAUUAAAUUGAGAAUUUGUUUGCAACACCGAAACAAAGCAUUCGUCGCCAUUUUCAAGUAAAUAAUCGUUGUAGUCGUCGUGGGGCACGUGGCAAUGGUGCAGUCCAGUGGCAUCGCCACUCAUGGCACAUAAGAAAUCAUAGCUGAGAAAAUGAAAUGCCAAUCUAUCUGACAGAAAGCAAUAAAAUUCAAGCUUAAUAUGGGCAUUUUAACAGAAGAAAAACAAACAACUUUGUUUUUUCUCUCGUUUCUUCUCUUGGUUCGCAUUUUUUUUUUGUGUGUAUGCAUCUGAUAAACAAUGUAGAAUAUAAUUGCAUGCAAAUAUCGUUUGGAGUGCGUUACAGUCAACACCUUUGGUGUGGCGUCAUUGCAGUUGACGAUCCGCAAAAUAAAUUUACUGUAUUUAUUGUCGGUUGCUGUGAUGAUCUUGAACUCCGUUCAAUAAAUAAAAGCCACAUUAUCAUUGGCGUUUUUUUCGCACUCUCUCUCUCUCUCUCAAUCUUUUUAUUGUAUGUUAUUCAAUACAUUUUGCACGUCAUUUACUUGUGUACCCACACGACAUUUGCAUCCAUCCAUUCAUGAUACCAACAAUGUCGAUCCUUGUGGAAUUGGCAUUAAGAUAAACAACUACCAUUUUCUGUUGGCUUUUGUCGGCUGUUUUGUUUACCUUACCAAAAAGCCAUUGUACACGAACCAACAAUUGAUAAGGCUGGGUAAAUAUGAUUUAAAUGUUGCUCUUUCAUCAUUUCCACAGACGAUGCAAAUUGGGCUGAAAUAUAACAAUUAAUGGAAAUCCCUAUGCUGGCAAUUUUUUUUUAUCAUUUAACGUCAUAUUAAAAAAAAAGUUUGCUAAACAAUUCGUACAUUGUUUAUUUGUAUAACAAACGACCGACGGUCGCGUUGGUAACAGCAAAGCAACAGCAACAAAAAAAAAAUCUGCUUAGCAAAUCAGAAUUCGUAAUUAUGUUUAUGUUCUGGCAUUUGGGGCUUCAUUUAUUGAGAUAAUGUAAAACAAUUGUUUUGCUGGAAAUCAUUUACAGCGAAAAGUGCUCACUUUUUAGUCGGCGCAUCUAAUUGAUUAACGAGCGGUAUGGUUCAAGCAUGUUUCUUCUUUUUUCUUCAUUCCUCUGAAGAACUCUCAUCCACGCGGCACAUGUGUGCGAUGAAAGGGGGACCGCAGCGUGUACGCUCGCGAAACACACACAGAAAAGAUCAUUGACCGUCACAUAAUGCAUCUGCUGUUGCGGUGUGCACAUGUGGCGAAAAAUCUAUGCUAUUUUUAGCACUGCAUUCGUUACCAUUUUCACGCAAUUUUGCAGCCGCCACCCGCCACUUUCAUUUUACACACUCAAUUUCAGCAGAAAAAAAAAACAAAUGCACAUUUCAUUCCAUCCAAAAUGCCAUCCAUUCUCCCAUGAAUCAACUGAAUUCGAGUGACUAGCUAAUAAUUCACUUUCAGUUGCAUCGCUUGAAUUGUGAUAAUUUUUGUUUUGCAGCAAACAGAUUUUUAACUAAGCCCACCGCAAAAGUGAGAGAGAGAGAGAGAGAAAAGCGUUAAAUUCACGAUGGAAAUGUGAAAAAUUUCUAAAAUUGUUGAACCUUGAAAGAAUCAUUUCGCGCGCAUCACAUGCAUGCCCACAUGGCUUAAACGACGCUCACCGGGGCCGAAGUAUAUAACCAUGCGGUCGUUUGGCCUUAAGUAUUUUGUCUCUCUUUCAUUGAGUACACGCGUGCAUGCAUACACACAAGCAAAAACGCGUUGCUACGCUAAAAUAUGGAACCAAAAUUGUUGAAUGAAAUACAACAACAAUUGAAAAGAAAAAAAAAGUAUGCGAUUAAUAAUCCGCAUACUUUAGUUGCCAGUUGAUAUAGUAACGUUUGGAUCCACGUUUUGCCGCCAAUAUCAAGUUUAACAAAAACACAGUGCCUCCGCCACCACCGCCGUCGACGACAACGCCGACGACUCACUUCAAUCGGACUUCAAUGCAGAAAGGUAUCUAUCCGCAUGCCGUACGGCGUGCAGUUUGCGUGCCCAUUAAUUGUAACCGCGCUGGGUCUCCACGUUGAUCGUACAACCGCAUGCCGAUACACACAUUUUAAAACGAUUAAGGAAAAUAACAAUAAAAAAAAAUCGUAUCUUUUGAAACUGUUGAUAAGCGUAAUCUCUAGGCAAAUGCCUCUCUGAUAAGCGGUAUUAAAUCAUAAAAUAUCGAGUACAAUAUUUUUAAACAAAUGAGCAAGAAAAAAAGGAACGUUGAUUUUUUGUAGCAAAAAAAAAAAACAAGCACAUGACAGCUGUGCCAAUAAAGCAUGGAUACUAUAAUGUAUUGCGAGGCAAAAAGAAAACGUUUUUACGAAUGCGGUAUUUUGAUUGUGUGAUGAUGAUGAUGAUGAUGAGCUAACGUACAUGCAAACACAGAGACUACGAACGAACGAGCGAACGGUCGGUCGAACGAGUCAAAGCCGACACGGUCUUUCCGUCGUAUGACUGUAUGGGAUGCGUUCGAAUGUGUAUUUGGUGAUUCAUACAAGCUCAAAAAAUGUGUAAAUUACGUGGUGUUCGCCGCAAAGCGAUGACUAUGUCUCUCGCACGUUUUGUAUAUAUGUUGACGGCGCAUACGGCAAAACCAUUUAGUAGACGUUCAAGAUCGUAACGAUUCAGACCUCCAAAAAUAACAAUAUAAACUGCACUUUAAUUCAAAAACCCGUAUCGAUAUCCGAAACCGAAUCACGAAAUUCAUUCAGCUUUUUGUGUGCAUUUCGACAUCGGCAAAUACGAGAGAAAAAAUAAGGGUAAAGUGGAGUGUGUAGUAAAAAUAUAUCACAACCAAAGCCAAAUUGUCGACGAACAGCAAGCAAGACAAACAGCCGAAAAAUAAAGAAGAAGACAAGCUAACUAGCAAUAUAAUCAAACGAGUAAAAAAAAAGGUUUAGAGAAUGGAGAAACUGCAUUGGGUGAGCCAAAGAAACGGUUUCGCAUUAAAUUCUGAAAUUUUGGCACAAGGCCCGAUGUUGCCACGUAAAAAUUAUAGUGUACCGAUAACAAGUAAUCUAAGAGACGGAUUAUCAUUAGUUGGACAAAAAACGACGACCAUAACGAAGAAUUAAAACUUCAGGUGUGAAUUCGAUAAGUGCGAUAGAGAUAAAAACAAAAGCUUCAGUUCUACCGAUAGUUUGUUUUAAAACUCACAACGAAUUUUAAUUGGUUCCUAUACAAAGGAAAAUAAAAAAAAAUGAACUACUGUGAUACCUACUUAAACGAGUCCUUUUCAACAUUUCAAAAUAGAUAGAAUAAAAGAUUGUGCGUGUUGUGGUCUUGAUGAAAUCUAACGCGACUAGAAUACGUUAUUUAUUUUUCUGAUAAAAAAAUUAGAUCGUAUUUGCUAAUCGAGAAAAAAAAGAGUCAGCAGCACCAUUUCAAGACAGUUGUUCAAAUUGGACCCGUUCGAAUUUUUGGUGAAUCGAAUUCAAUCGACACGUUUUCAUUCAACAUUUUAGAGGAGAGAACACCUCAAUUGAGACUCUUUUUUUUUCAUUUCGUGGUAUAAUUCGUGCAAUCGCGGUGAAAGUGUGCCAUUGGCAUAACGUCAUUCAGUCCACAUUGAACCGUUUUCGUUUCGAAGCAUACAUUUAUACAUACGAUUUUUUUUUCUUCUUUCUUUCCGUAUCUGUAUUUUGUUGAUUUUGCUGUUAUUCUGCGGUUUGAUUGUGAAAUUAUUUGUGAACAAGGGAGAAAACUUAUACGUAUGCAGAAAAUAGUCUUUUAUUUCUUCCUCUCGCCAAACUGAAAUUCGUAUCAAAGCCAAACGAUAAAAUUUCGUACGAAACGAAUGAAGAAGAAACAAAAUCGUACAGAAGCAGAAAAUAGCAACGAGUGAAUAAUAAUACCUACAGACAACAGCAACAACAACAGCAACAAAACAACCGUUGGUGAAAUGAACAUUAAGCCUGAGACACAGAAGAGAGAGAAAGAGAAUAUAUCAAAGAAAUAAAUGAAAUAAAAUUAACAACGACGACCACAACGACGACAGCAGCAGCAUACAAUCUUGAUCUAUGACAUAGCGGAUUUGAUGUACAUAUAACGGCAUCCAAAUAGUUCUUUUUCUUUAUGCUUCCGCAGAAGAAUCCAGUUUAAAAACAACAACAACAACAAUACAACAGAACAUAACCGACCAUCGCAUCGCAUCAUGCUUAAUUUGUUCGUGUGAACGAAUGUAGAAACGAAACAAAAUACCAACGUGAAACGAUACCAAUUGGGUGAAUGUGUGUAUGUGAGAGAGUGUGUAUCGGAACGAGGAAAAGCUUCACACACAAAUUCCAAUCUCGACCACAUUUUAAAGAGAAAGAAUUGCAAGAAUUUUACAGUUAAAACAUACACGAAAAGAGAUAGACAAAGAGAAUCGUGUAAUAGUUCACUUUGAUCGAAGAGUACUGUUUUUUAAAUAGCUGCUUGCAAUCACAGAUCAAGGCGAAAUCGGAGAGCAUCGAAACAGCAUCGCCGAGAACGACAACGACUACGACGAAAAUAAUGAAACGAAACGACUUUCAACUGUGUUAAUUAUAUAAUAAACUAAUCGUAUGACACUGGCCCGUUUUAUGGAGAAAGACAGAGAUAGUGCAACAUCUGACAACAAUAAAUCGAAUUUCACAUCUCACGGAUCAAAUCGACGAUUAGAAGAAGUGAAACAAUCAACAAAAAAUCAGUUCAAACUGUAGAUUAUUUUUGUAAAAACAAAAUAUUUUCCAAUUAUUACUCCUCGACAACCGACAACAACAAACAGUGUGAGUGUUUGCAGAUUCGAAAAUUUUGAAAAGUGAAAUCACGUCGCGAAAAGAACUUUUGACAAAAAUACCAACAGCAAUCACGAUAAAAAAAAAUCAACAAAGCAAACAAAUUUCCUAUGUGAUUUGAAUUAACGCUAAACUCAAAUUGGACCUUCAGUGUGAAUCGAUUUUUGCUUGCAAUUUUCACAUUCACGUGCAAAUUGAAUUUACGAGUGAAAAUUAAGUCGAAAGGAAGCGAAUUAGCGAAUGCUCGAAACAACGAUACAAAUACAAACAAUAUUUGUUUUAAAGUUGAAAGAAAAACAAACCAUAUACACAAUAAUAUUUAAAAGAAACAAACCAGAAGAAGGUCAACAAUGACGACAACCAUGUUUGAUGAACUCAACUUCGGUUUGUGGCUGGGCGCAUUUUUUGCCACAUUCGGUUUCAUUCGCAUUUUAAUUAGCUGCAAAAUGUACAUGGAAACGAGUAAGUAUCUCGAAUCACGAAGCGAAUAAUUGCAGAAAAUUCAUACAUUUCUAGAGAAAUUGGUCGAUUUGGUUCGAAAUAGAAAUCAGGAAAUGCUUAAGACUCGUUAAGCGAUUUGAAACUUUUUGUUUUUCUUUCUUUUCGUUUUUGCAUUCAAUUUGAAGUGCGUUGGACGUGCGGCAAUCGUCUAUUAAAUUUAAACAUGACUCAUAUACGUUGUUUUAAAGCCGGCCUCCAUUGUUCGAUCUCACCCAACGUGUGGUGAAGAAUCUAUCUAUAUUGAUACUAUUUGCUAGAAAAUGUGACAGACACAUAUCACUUUUAUGUCCAAAUACAAUAUUAAAUUUAUGUAAAUACAAUCUAAGCGAAACAAGAUGUUUUCGAGUCGUACCACGACGUGACCUCUCUCGUGUUUCACAUGGAUUUUUUUCCACUUGGUUUAUGUGUGUGUGUGUGUUCCUAAUUUUGUGUGUGAAUGUUGCAAAUUUGGCUCCAUUGUUCGAGACGAAUGGAUGAAUAGAUUGUAUGCCGGUGCUCGACGGCACGUUGAUUGCAUGGCACACACACACACAUCACACAGUUCGAGUAACAAAUUUAUCGAUUUUCUGGUUCAGUGGCCAAAAGGCAGUCGCAUCCAUGGACGACUUUUGUAUGUGAUGUGCCGUUGCAAUAUAUAUAUAGCGAGACCUGCUAGAGCACAACGCAACGUGCAUAUUUCAAGCGGCAGACAUGUGACUAAUAAACGUCUGUCUGUGGCAUGUGACUGUGCGAACGCAAAACACAGGAUAGACAGAGAUCGACAGCAAAAGCAAGAUAGAGAGCAGACCUUUAUAUUUUUGCACACGGUUCAAAGAACUCUUUUUGCUCACUCGGUUGAACUGCAAAUAGAAAUCGUUCAUCGGCAGACUUUUCCAAUCGUAUGGAAACAGACAUCAAACCGACGACGACGACGACGACACAACCAACUCGCUUCGCAUUCAGUAUCAUUCUUAACUCUCGUUCAAACGUUUGUACCCGUUUUUCGAGCGUGCAACCGAUCAAACGAUAUAAUCAUCGUUUCACAUUAUUAUUCAGUUGUGUUUUCUUUCCAUUUUUUUUUUGGUUUUAAAUAAUUCAACACCUGAUAUACUACUUAUCUCAACAUUGUUGUUUGGUGGUUUAUAGAUAAAAAAAACGGUGAAUCCGUAAAUUAAUUUAUUGCCGUUUUGUGUGUGACGUGAGACCGGUUUUUCUCCUUUCCUUUGCGUAUUUUGGACUUUCAUGAAAUUUUGUUGUAUUUUUAAAGUCUUUGUGUGCAGUGUUGUUGUGGUGCUUUAUUUUCCCCCGACACAAUUGUGUGCUGUGAGUGUGUUGAUUCUCGAUACAACCAAGUUAGUUCAUCAAAGUCAGGUGAAUAUACUGCGUAAUUGAAUUUGUUGCGACACAAUAUUUGUUUCCUGCACUGUUGCUCGAGCCUACUUCGUUCUCAUUACAUACUGCAACCCAACUAAUCGAUUUCGUCAGAAAUAUUUUGUACUCUGAACACGAAAAAAAACCCCGAAAAAUGAAUUGUUCCAAAAGCCAGUUUUUCUCUUUUUUUUCACCAAAAAACAAAACCAGCUCUUGCGUGAGUUGCUCAAUGUACAGAACAGCAAAAAUACAUACAAAAAAAAUGAUUUCGAUGGGAAUUUUUAGUGGAAAAUUGCUAUUUCUUUCGAGCCGAAAGCUUUUUUAAACGCCGUCAUUUCGUUCGAAACACCAUUGUUGACUUACGUUACGCAGCGCAGCACAUUUUCUCCACAAGAAUUUCCCGAACGUAUUGAUUUAUUGAACCAGCCAAUCGAGUAGACAUCGAUAGAACUUUUAAACACGUGUUUUUCUGUUUUUCUUUCAUUUUCUCUCUCUUCCUCUCUCUCUCUUCUCGUAAAUUCGCCGUUCCACUGCAUGCCACAUGGAUGACAUUGAUUCACUUGUACAGUUUACACUCAAUAUGUGCUUAUGUCUACUCAGUUCGAGGGAAGGCGUUGCAAUCAAUCCGCUUUUUUUUAUUGAUUCAACUAAAGUCUGUGCAUAUUUCGUUGGGUUAGUCUUCGGUCUAUUUUUGGAAUGUAGCAAUAAAAAAAACUGAAAGAAGAAUAACAAAAAAAAAACACGGAGUCAAUGUAAUCAAAAAGGCCAAAUGAGGAGGAGUGAAAAUUCGACAAUGAAUAGAAGCGAAUGAAAGAAAAAAAAUUAAAUCAUUUUCAAGUGAUUUAAUUGUGAGUCAGAACCAAUGGGCCGAUAUACCCACAUUCAUCACAACCAAUGUUGUAACUCGCAGCUGGCCGUGCUUGAAUCAUUUAUGAUGUGACUAUGACUAACGGGACGAAACAUUCCAACGUCUGAAUCACUUUAAUUUUGAUGGUGAAGAAUGUUCAUCGAAACUUGUAUUCAAAGUGUUUUGAUUAAAUCAAUUCAAUUUAUUCUGUUUUCAAACGGAAUUCUGAAACAUCAUCGGCGAUAACCAUCUGGGGAAAAAGUAGCACAUGACACAAAGAAACAACGAAGGGAUAAGAACACAAAGUAAAAGUGGUGGCGCAUGCCGAUUAUCAACAAUGGGCAACAUCAUAUCAAAAGGUUUACAGAUAUACAUACAUAAUUAUUUACGUCAAUUUUUAAUUUCUCUGAUGGAUGACGUGUGUUUAGUUUCCCGUAGAAUUGUUAUCAUUUUGAUAUGACAGCCAUCAUGUAUUACAAUUUUUACGUCACGAAGUCACGUUGUUACUAAAUAGUACUACGAAAUCCAUUACCGAACACGAAAUUUGUUGGAAACACCACGAAUUAUUUAUAUCAAAGCAUGUCCAUUGAUUGUGAUGUGGUUUUAAUGAUGGUUUCAUGAUAUCAUUUUCCGCCCAAAAAGGCACAACAACAAUGGAUUUUGUGUACAAUUUUGGCAGGAACAUUGCGAUAAAACUAGGUAUUUCUUAUCUCACACGUUGAAAUCGUCGUCACAUUUAAAUGUAUGAGACACAGAAACAAACUCACUAGUUGUAAUAAUUUAAAAUGAAGUGUUUCUUUUUUUUGUUCUGUCGUUGUGAUGGUUGCAUGUAAAAUUUUCCAUUCGACACUUUUUUUUUCGGAAAUCUACUAUCAUCAUAUCACGCACCUUUGAAUGAUACAUGCGAUUAAAACUAGGCUGUGUGUCACAAGUAAAUGCGCAUUUGGGAGAUAGCUUUGCUUUUAAUUGUACGGCAGGCAAAUUGAUAGGAUUAUCGGCCCGCUUAUUUGUCGCUUCCUACUUGUGUGCGCUUCGAAUUGGAUCGGUUGGUUGUACAAUAAGGAAAAAUAAAUUGAGUGUACGGUCACAACGAAUCUACAAAGAUGUUGUUAUCUGUGGAUCGUUAACGUAGUGUGGAUUUAUGUUCAAAAAAAAAAAUGAUACGAAUGCGUUCUAUCUUUGCUCGUAGACUUUUAUUUUCGUACACUUUUUUCUUGUUGUUAUUCAGCCGAUGUUGUCUUCUUUAUAAAUUUUAUUUACAGUUGGCUUUAUUUAUUAACAAUGUUAUGAUUUACAUGUUUUGCACAUGUUGUCGUCGUCAAGUACAUGCGACGCAUGGUUUUUCGCUAUGGUUUGCUUUUUUCCAUGCGCGUGCAGAUGUAAUCUAGUAAGCAACUAAAUCCAAAGUAGAUAUUAUUAUUUUUGUUCGUUCAUUCCCAGAAAUGACGUGAAAUUUAUGCGACAAAUUGAAAGAAGAAGAUAACAUGCGAACACUUGAAAAAAAAAUCACACCAAUGUUGCUUUAAAAAGAGGCAAGGCACAACUUAAAACAGUUCAAAUAUUGUCUACGAGUUGUUUGUAUCACUUUCCUCAUGAUUAUACUUGUGCCAUUUUUGCGCCCGCCUUUCAUUGACUGUUCGAGCUGAAUAAGCGUUAUGCGCGCUCUCUCUCUUUCUCACUCUCUCGGUGUGUAUUUGUUGUCAAGCGCCUUUAGUUACAUUGAAUUCGAGUCUCUUGCCAUCCAGCAAUUACAUUGCAAAGUCAUAUCCAGCUAAUUUUAUAGUAGGUCAAGCAAAGAGUCAACCAUUAAACAUUGUCGCAAAAUCAUACACACACACACACAUUGUUGUGGCUCCAAUCGAAAUAACCAUCAUCACCACCAUUGGUUAUCUAAUGGAUGAUAGGGCAGCAGAGGUGUUAGCGCAUUUUACGACAGCAAAAUCCGCUAAAGCCGUAUCUACAUCUACAUCAUCAUCAUCAUCAUCAUCAUCUCCACAGAGAUCGACGACCACUCACAAUAAAUCACCACGUAAGAAACACUCGGUAACCCCCAACAAAUGGUCCAAACAAAACGGACGUGACGAGUUUUCUAGCAACGAAGAUCUAGCCACAUGUUCUGGAGAUGUGGCUAAUGUACCGAACUACGAUGAAGACCCCGGAGUUGUGGAUGAUGUGAACACAAGUGAAAGUGAAAGUUCGCCGAAAAUUCGGCGCAAGCACAAAAAGAAGUCAACGCCACGGCAACGUGGAGCAUGCAAAAAAAUUGCAACCACCGAUGGCAAUGAAGAAAACAAAGAAAACAAUUGCCUGUCAUCCAAUCCACAAAAGUUAGAUGGUCAAGAUGGUGGUGCAACGAAGCAAAUAUUUGCCGCUGAUCGUUUCAUGACCGAAUUCAAUCGUUGCCGAGCCAUAACACCGCCACUCCGUGAACACAUCAAACUCAAUUUGCCGGAAGAUAAAUUGAUUCAAUUUUUGAAGCAUUACCUAUUGAACAGCAACGAUUUGAAAGCACAGGGCUAUCCGUAUCGAUAUGGAACGAAGGCUGGUUUCUUCAAGAAGCGUUUCAGUGCCAGCGUUGACUAUUGUGUGCCACCAGUAUCAAUCAUCACAUCAUUUGAUGUGAAUGCCCGGGAAUUUGUGCCGAGCCACAAGCGUCGCAGUUGUGAACGGAAAUCGUCGUGUGAUAGCGGUCAAGCGACUGGUUCCAGCUCAUCAUCAUCAUCAUCGUCGUUGUCGUCGUCGUCGUCAUCACCAUCGACCGAUAGCGAUUCGAGUGAUAAUGCCGGCGAAUUGAGGUACAUCGAACGCACCGAAAAGAAGUGUAUCCGAUGCACACGUGAAUUCCAUGUGACGGAGCACGGUGAAUAUUUGAAAAUGGAAACGUGCACAUAUCAUUGGGGCAAAUUGGAACGAUCGAGCAUUUCAUAUUCAAUGGGCGGCACAUACACAUGCUGCAAUUCACCGAAAUUCACCAAGGGAUGCACAACCAUCGAUGGACAUGUAUGGAAUGGCUAUGAAAUGGGCUUCAAUGGGCCACUCGAUGGCUUUGUUCGAACGGAAGAUAGCGAUAAAAUCGAUAACGAACUUAAUGUAUUCGCACUCGACUGUGAAAUGUGUUAUACGGGAAAAGGUCUUGAAGUUACCAAGGUAACAUUGGUUAGUUCUGAUGGGCAAAAAUUGUAUGAGAAAUUCGUUCGACCCGCAACCAAAAUAAUCGAUUACAAUACUCGCUUUUCGGGCAUAACGAAAAAAGAUUUGGCCACAAAAAACAAUCUGGUGGCCACAUUGCCUGAAGUUCAACAAGAUUUAUUGCAUUUUAUCAAUGCCGAUACCAUUCUGAUCGGCCAUGCACUUGAAAAUGAUCUCAGAGUAUUGAAAAUUAUUCACGAUAAUGUCAUCGAUACGUCCGUGUGUUUUCCGCAUGAAAAUGGGCCAGGUUAUAAGCAUUCAUUGCGUUUUCUAACAUCCAAAUAUUUGAACCGUUCCAUUCAAGAUUCGGACCAGGGUCACAGCAGUUUCGAAGACAGCCGAGCCUGUCUCGAGCUCAUGCUGUGGCGCGUUCGAAAAGAUUUCCGAGCGGUAUUAGAGCAAUGACUUGAGUAUAAAUAGUGAUGAACAUUUUUUUUUGUUCUUUUUUUUUUAAACAAUAGGGCUUAACUAGGGAUUCUUUUUUUUUUAAUUUAUUUUAUUUGAUACAUAAACAACGAAUGCGCUGUGAUUUUUGACUGUAUAUAACUUUUUUAAACAUGAAUUUUAUCAAAAGAGAGAGAAAGAGAGAUACACCUUUUUUUUUAAUGAUAAAACAUACAAUAUUCACACAUUUUGUGGUUUGUUUUUUUACGAAACAUGCUUUUAACUUUUGAAAUUGAAAGAACCAGAGAGACGCAAUGCCGUGUGCUCUGUGAGCAGCUAAGCCUAUUUUUUUUUCUCUAUUGAAUGAAUAAUAACCGAAAUGUGAAAAAUGCUCGAAUAUCCGCAUAAUGAAUAUAAAUCUCAUUUUUAAUGAUCUGAAUAGUAAUUUCAAUUUUUUUUUUCGUUUUGCUUUAAAUUUCAUAUUUGCUUUUAGUUGAUUUGUGAGUGUGUAUGUUUUAUUAGGUUUUGUUUUUUGCUUACUAUUUUCACCUCAUUCGUCGUUUAUCUCUUUAAUUUCAUCGCUCCUUUCACUAGUUUUAUACUGAAAGCUGAAUACUGUAAACAAAGCUGGCACAUUGUCAACGUAGCGUAAUUAUUUUACCCAUCAAGUAAAAGAAAGAAACGAAAACGAAAAAGAAAAAGAAACAACGAACGUGUUCGUGAACGGGGAAAAGAGAUCAUUUUCUUUAACCACGACGAAUAAAACACACACAUACAUUCGAUGAAAAAAAAACAUAACAACACAGCAUGCGAUUAUUUUGAAUAUUGCAAACGACCAACGUUCUCAUACUUUGUACUUAACAACUCAAUUCUUUAUUAUUAUUUUUUUCCUGUUCAUUUUUUCUGUAUAAAUUGUGACAAACAUUCCUAAACGAUUGCAUCGAUUCAGAGAGGAGAGAAAAAAAGCAAAAAAAUAGUAAUUUUUUGUCUUUUUUUCUAUUCAUUUGGAAAAUAUCGUUGUUUUUCGUGCACAGUCGGUGUGAUUUUACAUUAAUUGCAAAUAGGAAUAGAUUUACCGAAAACCAUUUUAGAAGAUUGUUAAGAGGAUAAAAAUGAAGGAAAUAUACAUAUAUCUUUAAACAGAUACUAUUUUAAA